GGUCCCUGAGCUUCCCUGCCUUGAGUAAGAUGGCAUUUCGGAGCCGUGUUAGUCCAAUUCUUCGUUCUUCUCUGAGCGCCGUCAGAACAGCAGUGACCAGGAGAGCACUGACUUCUCAAUCGAAAGAUGGUGCAUCAUCUUUUUGUUUUGCUGGGCCUCUUCUGAUCGGAGCUUCAGCAGCCACUGCGGGACUAUUUGCGGCAACUCAAUUGUACAAGAAUAAUUUUUUCCUCAUUGGAAAUGUACAUGCUGCGACCAAGGCACCAACUAAAGGCAAGCAUGAAAGAACCUUUAUAAUGGUAAAACCUGAUGGAGUCCAACGAGGACUGGUUGGAGACAUCAUCAAGCGAUUUGAGCAGAAAGGAUUUAAAUUAGUGGCAAUGAAAUUUAUGCAGGCAAGUGAAGACCAUCUGCGAGAGCAUUAUGCUGACCUGAGUCAUCUUCCAUUCUUUCCUGGGCUGGUGAAACACAUGGCCAGUGGACCUGUUGUUGCCAUGGUGUGGGAAGGCCUUGGAGUUGUAAAAACAGGGCGUGUUAUGCUUGGAGAAACAGAUCCUGCAAAAUCACAGCCAGGCACAAUCCGUGGAGACUUCUGCAUCCAGAUCGGAAGGCAAAAAAACAAGGAGCGAACAUUCCUCAUGCUCAAACCAGAUGCCGUUCACAGAGGUCUUGUUGCGGAUAUCAUCAAAAGAUUCGAACAGAAGGGAUUCAAACUGGUCGCCAUGAAAUUCAUGCAGGCAAGUAAAGAGCUCCUUGAACAGCAUUAUGAAGAGCUGAAAGACAAGAAAUUUUUCCCAGGUCUGGUGAAGUACAUGUCCUCCGGGCCAGUUGUACCUAUGGUCUGGGAAGGUCUUGGUGUUGUUAAAACUUGCAGAGAUAUCCUGGGAGAAACAGACCCAGCAAAAUCUAAGCCAGGCUCAGUUCGUGGAGAUUUCUCCAUUCACAUUGGCAGGAACAUCUGUCAUGGGAGUGAUUCUGUGAAAACAGCAAAGAAGGAAAUUGCUCUCUGGUUUAAAGAUGAAGAGCUUGUGGACUGGAAACCUGUGGCUUACCCUUGGCUUUACGAGGAUGUGUAAAUACACCAUGAAUAUGGCCUGUGAAAAUUUUACCACUCAGUUGAAAUAAAAUUGCUCAACAAGAGUGGUGUUGUUUAUUUGGGAAGUCUUUUAAAAUUGUCAGGGGCUUUUACCUGUGAAGCAGUAACUCAGCACAUCAAUCAAACAAUGAUAGGCACAUGCAAAAUGAUUCUUUCUUUCAAAUGUUUUAACAUUUGUAAAUACCUUGUGCAGUCUAUUUUUCCUUCAUUUUGCCUUUCAUCCAGUCCAGAUUUCUUGUUAUCCAGUAACGUGCGCUCGCAUGUCAACUUUCGAAUGCAUUAAGGCAAAUUUUGGUGAAGUUAAUAGAAGUGUAGCAUAAUGGUGUUUUGGAGUGUAAUAUUGUCCAACCUACAGGGGCUCUAGGCUCAAUUUCCAGUCACUGUUCAGGAAAUGAGAGUGGCAGAAAUCAAGCCUACAGUGGCUCUUGAUCAGUCGUAGCUUGUUCCACACUCUCUGGUACAGGUCAUACCCAUCUUGUUUUCCCUUGGUUAGCCCAUUUCACCCUUUCCUACCUUCACCUUGUCCCCACUAACCAACAGAGUGCACCAGGCUGGAUGUGUUGAGGAUAACAUAUCUUUACCAACUCUGUAUUUUAAACACCUCAGUAGAAAAUUCAUUCAAAAUGUUGGGUUCUCAUAUUUGGCUGGAUAGCAUUGAAUUUCUGAACGAUAAAUCUGAUCAGUCACAUUAUCUUUUGCCUUUACGCAUCAAUCAAUUCCCUGAGCUAACAUUGCAAGAGAAAAUUAAAUUGCAAUCCAAGAGUUGAUGUCUUAAGCUGGGAAUUAAACACAGGCUAGACUCCAGGCUGCAAAUGCAGAUUUAUUUCCAGCUGGAAACAUGUCUGCGUUCGCAGGCUAAACAGAUGCUACACUACUCACAACCUUUUUCUCCAUAAACUCUUUCCACAGUUUGCUUUAUUUUCUCAUUAAAACCAAACACUAAAAAAAAAA